AAAUCGAUUUUUGGAUAAGUUUACCGAUUUUGAAUGUAGAUCUAAGCCCAUAUUACUGAUUGAAUUUAUUGUUGAUUUGAUGGAUAAUCUGCAAAACAAAUCGGCUCAACAAUAUAAACUAGUGUUGGAACGGGUCAUGCAUAGCCCACGGGUUGCCCGGGUCGGCCAUGUAGAUCACGGGUCAGGCCGGGCCCACGGUGGCCUGCGGGCCAGAGGCAUUUGA